AUGGCCGUAGUGGAAUCCGAAGAAAUUAUAACGAUUUGCUACAGAUUGCAACUGAAAUAUUCAGUAUUCACCGGGCCUUAUCAAAGUAUCAAGAAUCUGCUUUACCUCGUCAAUAAUUCUAAAGUCAAAUUCACUGCGAUGGAUUACUACGAAAUCAAUCGAUCUACCAUGUUUGAUUUAAUCGGUACUACUGCUACGUACUUUGUAGUACUGAUUCAGUUUUAUGAUGGAAAAAACAAGAAACUUCAUUAA